AUGAGAAAAUCAGCUUCAGAAACAACCGAUGCCCUUAGCCAGCGUCGCCUAUCAGGUAUCGUCAUACCUAAACGACAGUCUUUAGGCGCGAUACGACAGAACCAAGGCGAAGGUCGACUAUCGAGAGGUCCAGCCCGACGACAGACUGCCCCCGUCAAGGUGUGGAGAGCACCAGGACACUGCGAAAUACCUAAUAUUCUAGGAAAUGCUUAUCUUCGAACAACUGUGAACAAGGUUGUCCCAAAAGGACCACAGCCAAUUCCAACGAAGAAAUCUUUGCAUUCUACGAGACAGCCCCCAUGGCUCAGUCCUUGUAAAAACGAAACGAUACCUGAACUGCCUCCAGUAUCAAAACAACGUCCAACAUUCGAUUUUGAAAAACGCAUACGUAAAACCAUUCCCAAGAUAACGCUCAAAACGACCAAUCCCCGAUCGCUGUACACCAGCGAAUUGGAAAUUGGUACGGGGGUCAACGGCGCAGUAAUACAGGCACGCUCCCGAGGAAAUUCCGAAAGGCUGGCGAUCAAGCGAUGUCAGAUUGAUAUUGCGGAUCAAGACUUCCGUAUAGCCGUUUUACGAGAAUUACGAAUUAUGGCCAGUGGGCACACCAAUAUUAUUCAGCUGUGCGAACUUACCUUAUGGCGAAGCGAAUUAUGGAUUGGAAUGGAUCUGAUGCGAUGCUCAGUCUUUUCCGUUCUAUGCCAUCGUAACAUCCCUGAAGAAUUUGCCGUCUAUAUUGCUCGAGAGGUUCUUCAAGGACUAAUGUUCCUGCAUUCUCACGGGUACAUCCAUAGAGAUGUCAAGUGCGAAAAUUUGUUAUUGGGACAAAAUGGAGAGGUCAAGCUCGCCGACUUUGGCUUAACGGCAAACACUAGACAUCUCAACAAAGAGCGUCUCGGUACUUCCAAGUGGAUGGCUCCUGAAGUUAUUCGUGAGUUUGCCUAUGACGAAAAGAUCGACUUGUGGUCGCUCGGGAUUACCAUCAUUGAAAUGAUGGACCGAGUACCGCCACAUUAUGCUAUUCGUGAUGAACAAGAAUUUUUCAACAUCGCGCUGAGUGACCCAAGCCCCACAUUUACUUACAGCUACCCAAGCAUGUACAUGCGUGGUUUAGUUGCGUGGCUUCUAGAGGAGAGUCCUCAAAGCCGACCAAAUGCCCGGGAUGUCAUUUUGGAAAUCGACACUCACGUUCAGCAUGGUCUACUCCAUUCUUCCACCUCUGAAAAAUUAGCUAGUUUCGUUGAACAAGUGUUGGCGUGA